AUGGCCGAGAGCGGUGACGGACAAGACGAGAGCCAGCCUUUGAGCAAUGGCCAGUAUCCCCCUCAACCCAGAGUUGGGCCAUCUGAGGAGGAGGUGAAAGAUCGACGAAAGAAGCUGAGACGAAGGACCAAGACUUCGUCUUCCAAGGGCAAACCCACCAACCGAUCAGCAAAAUCCCGCGAGAGCGAGAAAUCAACCCCCUCCGAGACCCCCAAGCCAGCAGCCCCCGCGCCCGCCUACGAGACCAUAGAAGACGUCACACCCCUUCCACGAUGCGUGUACGAAAACACCAUCCUGGAGAUGCUACACCUCCAACGACCGGAGACCGCCUGGCCGCGCCUGAAGGAGCUCUCCGACAUGAUGGUGGCGGAGCGCCGCGACGCGACGCCGCCGCAGUCUACAAAGUGGCAGUUGACGGUCUUCUGGGGCAGGCCGGUCACGCUGGCGAGCAAGCUGGUCUUUCGCAAGCUGGACCCCUACCUCUCGUCGCACGCCGAGUAUUCGGGCCGGUGGUUGGGACUCAAGGCGUGCAUCCUGCGGCGCGACGACGCGGACGCCGGCGCUAGUUUGCCCUUUAGCAUGUCCCAGCUGGCGUACAGCCAGGUCGAGAUGGACACGACGGUCGAGCUCAUUUCCAAGAUGGAGCAGGAGGCGAAGCGCACCGGCGAUUCGCGCGUGUAUGCGGCGUGGCGGGCGCUUUUUGGUAUUGGAGAUUCCAUCAUGGACGGAGACCAGCAGGAUAGGCAGAUGCUCUACAAGGUUAUGGGCUCCCAGGCCAGGACUGUCAAGCGGUUGGUUGCUGGCCAUGAGGCGUGCAGACGGGCGUUUGGGGAUUUUGAAGAUGCUACCAGCAUCACUGUGGAGGCGCAAGCUGCCGCUUCUCAGGGCGUGGAUUAUGAGCUAAACGACAGCCUUGUAGAGACCUCGUCAUCAGAAUGGGACUGCGACAAAGUAUUCGACGCCCUCCGAGAGGCCAGCACGAGAGUAAUGGUAGAGAGGCUCAAAUUGACCCGAUCGCAAGUCGCCAGCCUAUACCAGGUCGCAGACCAGCAAGCCCAAGAAGGGGAGAAGAUCAUUGAGAUCAUGAAGGAAGCCCAGGCCGCGCGCGACCAGAACAAGAUCAACCCCAAAAGACUGAUGGCGAUAAACGUGCUCUGGCAAUCACACUUGGCCAGCAUGCAAGGCACCAGGGAUCUGAUCAAGACGGCGACUUGCACGCUGGAACUGGCGGAAAAGGCCUUCGAAAGGCUGCCUCGAGACAUUGAGAAGUGGGACAAGAGGCGUGCCGAGAAGCUGGCUGCCAACGAGGAGCAGCUCAGAGAGCUCGAGGGUAAGAUGGGAAAGCUGCAGCUUGUGAUGGAUGAGCACCAGGCCAAGGAUCAUGCCGCCGAGGCGGUGGGGAAGGUCGUGGCCAUCAUGGAGCAGUAUCGUCGGGAGCUCGGAGAAAUUGAGAAGCGGCAACAGCUGAGUCAGGAUCCAGUCUAUACCGUCUGUAAGGAGGCUUUGAGUGCGGCGCAGCAUCGAAAUAAUGGUUCAAGCUCAGGAGAUUGGCCCUCCGAUGUUGCCGAGUCCGAGGGCGGCCUGCGCGGCGCGGGCUGGGAAGACGCCCCUGCUAGGAGGGCGCCUGCUGCAACAACCUUGAGCUCGUCGGUUGGUACCCAGGAGAUAGAGUGGGAUGUCUGA